AUGCUAACUAUUUUAACAGGCAAUUCGGAUAUAGCAACAUUUAUAACUGAUCGAGAUUUAGCACUUAUGAUUGCAAUUUCUACUGUACUUCCUAAUUCAAAACAUCAACUGUGUACUUGGUAUAUUUUUAAAAAUAUUAAAAAUAAGCUAAAGGGCAUAAACAUUAACAAAUUUAUUCAAACAGUUCGAGAACUUAUGUAUAAUGAUCUUUCGGAAAGUCAGACAGAACAGGAAAUUAAAGAACUUUGCUUGCAAAAAUAUCAAGAAACUACACAAAAGUUUGCAUAUAAAGCAUUCUUAUAUCAGAACACACAUAUAUAUGAUGAUAAAGAUACAGGUUUAAAAGAGUUACAUUUAGUCUGCUCAAAGUUUGCAUUUGAAACAUUUGUUAAGCGACAAAAAGAUCUAGUAAUAUCUGGAGAGUACGGUGUUUUAAAAUAUAAUCACAAUAUAUAUAAGAUAGUACAAAUUGACGAUAAAGUAGAUCAAGUAUAUGUUGUUAUAUCUAUCUGCAUUUCACCAAAUGAAAUUUAUCAACAUUGGCAUGCACAAUACACUCCAGAAAUUGGUUGUGUUUCCCAACUUGCUGUGCAGAUUUUUGAAAAGCUUCCAGAAUGUUAUCACAAUGAUUUAUUGAAUCUUAUGCAAAAUGCAUUGGAAUAUAUCCUUGAAAAUGGUAAGAGUAUUUUUGAGACAACCAGCAUUGAUAAUGCUACAAAUUAUAAAGAUAUUAAAUUGCUUAAGGCUAAAAAAUUAAGUAGCAUUGAUACUAUGGUGUCUAAAAAGGCUAAAAAAUUGAGCAGCAAUGAUACUAUGAUGUCAGGCAUAAAACUUAAUCCACUUAUUCUCCAUAAUGCAGUAUUACAGCCAGAGUGCCUACAAAAGUAUUGGUUUUAUGUACUAGAAUAUGCUCAGCUAGCAUCAGAUACAUUUAACAUUCCAAUAGCAGUAUUUGGAGUAGAUUCUACUUCAAGUUUUCUUUUUUUACUAUUCAAUCAAAAACCUGGAAGGCACAAAAAACCCAUUAUUUUGAAUUGGUAUAAGUAUAGUUAUAUAGUAUUUGUAAAACUCAAGCCAAAUAGAGAUAUACAAGUUUCAUCUUUAAAUUCCCAAUAUAUACCUGCUUGUCAUCACUUAGGCAUUUCUGAAGAAUAG